AGCGACCCCGGCCCGGCGCCGGCCCCGCCCCGCCCCGCGCCCAGGGGUCCCGGGGCGGGCUCCGGGCUUCGGGCGGACGAUGCGGCGGCGCGGCCGGAGCGGCGGCGGGAAGCGGAGGCGGAGGUGACGCGCCAGGGCCGGCGGGCCCGGCCAUGCAGCGCUCCCGGGCGGCCGCGGACGAGGCGGCCCUGCUCCUGGCCGGGCUGGCCCUGCGGGAGCUGGAGCCGGACGGCGACUCUCUGGGCCGGGGUCGGCGGGUGCCGCGGCCCGGGCUCGGAGACGAGGCGGCGCAGGCGCUGGGCCGCAGAGGGAAGGGCGGCGGCGGCGGCGGCCCCGAGGCCGGGGCGGACGGACUGAGCCGUGGGGAGCGAGGCCCUCGGCGCGCGGCAGCCCCCGAGCUCAGCGCGCAGCCUGCGGGCAGCCCGCGGGCCAGCCUGGCGGGCUCAGACGGCGGCGGCGGCGGCGGCGGCAGCGCCCGUUCCAGCGGCAUCAGUCUGGGCUACGACCAGCGCCACGGCAGCCCGCGCUCCGGCCGCUCGGACCCGCGUCCCGGCCCCGGGCCGCCGUCGGUGGGCAGCGCCCGCUCCAGCGUGUCCAGUCUCGGCUCCCGCGGCUCGGCCGGCGCCUAUGGCGACCUGCUCCUGCCCGGCGUCUGCCCCGCGCCGGCGCGCUCCCCGGAGCCUGCCGGGCCGGCCCCCUUCCCUCUGCCUUCGCUGCAGCUGCCCCCGGGCCGGGAGGGCAGCCCGAGCGCGGCCGAGCGGCGGCUGGAGGCGCUGACCCGAGAGCUGGAGCGGGCGCUGGAGGUGCGCACGGCGCGGGACUACUUCGGCAUUUGCAUCAAGUGCGGGCUUGGCAUCUACGGGGCAAGGCAGGCAUGCCAGGCCAUGGGAAGCUUGUAUCACACCGAUUGCUUCAUCUGUGACUCCUGUGGGAGACGACUCCGCGGGAAGGCGUUCUACAAUGUGGGCGAGAAGGUGUACUGCCAGGAGGACUUCCUGUACUCCGGGUUCCAGCAAACGGCUGACAAGUGUAGCGUGUGUGGACACCUCAUCAUGGAGAUGACCUGCUGGGGCUUCAGAGCCAAAGCCUCUUCCAGGGGCUGUGCUGAGCCUUCCGCCUGCACUCACCGUUCAGUGCCUCCCACCCCCAGAUCCUGCAGGCCCUUGGCAAGUCCUACCACCCAGGCUGCUUCCGGUGCUCCGUGUGCAACGAGUGCCUGGAUGGGGUGCCCUUCACGGUGGACGUGGAGAACAAUAUCUACUGUGUCAGAGACUACCACACGGUUUUUGCACCAAAAUGUGCCUCCUGUGCCCGUCCCAUCCUCCCUGCACAGGGCUGUGAGACAACCAUCCGUGUGGUGUCCAUGGACAGAGACUACCACGUGGAAUGCUAUCACUGUGAGGACUGCGGGCUGCAGCUGAGCGGAGAGGAUGGACGCCGCUGCUACCCCCUGGAGGGCCACCUGCUGUGCCGUCGCUGCCACCUGCGGCGCCUGCGGCCAGGCCCACUUCCCUCACCUGCAGUGCACGUCACCGAGCUCUGAGCAGGGGUUGGGAGCCUGACCCCGGGGCCGUGUGUGUGCACGCGCGUGUGCAAGGGAGAGAGAGAGAGGGCGCUGUGGGUGACCCGGGUCAGUGUCGGAGCAUUGUGCCAGGGUGGGCGCGGCUGCCACCCCAUCCCACCACCACUGGCCACCGAGCUGCUGUCCGAGGGGCCGGCCCCGCGGCGAAGCUGCUUCUAUUUAUUCACCGUCUGUGCCUCCUCAGGCCGCUUCCUUCCUUCCGGGCUCUGCCGCCCCCCACGCCCCGCCAUCCCGGCCUUGUGUUCUGGGACCCCUGCGUCCCCGGCCUCGGGGGAGGGCCGCCAGGCCCGCCGUGGGUCACGGGGCUGAGGACGGCCACUCACGUGCGGGGCGCGCGGCACGCCGCCCUCCGACUGGCCUCGGGGGCAGCCAGCCUCCCUGUUCAGAGGGGGCCUGGAACCCCCUCCAAGCCCGCGCCGCGGGGCAGGGUGUGGGCGGAGGGCGCGCGCGCGCGUCUCCUAAGCGCCCGGCCCGCUGGCGGGCGGGAAGGGUGCCUUGUUUGCGAGGGGUCGCAGGAGGGGGCGAGGAAUGCCACUCCUGGGGAGUGGGGACCCCACGGGGGCUCUGCCCUUGGCCAUUGUGGUCACUGUAAUAUUUGGCCACAAUCCCGCCGGUCUCUUCAUUCCUGGCUUCUGGGACUGCCUCCCGCAUCCCUCAGCCCCGGGGAAGGAACCUUCCCUCGCGAAUUCCAGCCGCGGGUCUGGGUCGGGAGACACCGCGAGGGGGCGCCCUGGCCACGCGACGGGCAGACCACCUGUGGCAGGAAAGCGCCGUGUAUCAGGCCCCACGACAAAAGCCUAUGACUUGACUUAAAUUAAGUUCUUCCUUUGAGAAUGUUUUCAUUUUCUUUAAAAGAAUAUAAUUUUCUCCUAAAAACAUGGCCCAAGGUUGUUAUUUCUUAGGGAAACUACAAGAAACUCGCAAAUGUCCAAUUUGUGUAUCAUAUGGCUGAUUUUCAGGUAGUAAAAACAUUGUAGUUUUUAAUUAUUUUUGUAUAAAUUCCUGUAAAAUCUCAAAA